AUGGCAUCCGAAACUAGUGCGAGUGCCGUGUCAAAUGAGCGAUGCGAUGUAAAUAGUGGAAUUCACAGUGCGUAUGAGCCAAUUCGGGAAGACGUAACGAGGACUGAGUCCUGUGACGUAACGCGCGCGAGCAUCAUUGUGGAAAAGAGGAAAAGUCGGUGCAAUUCCGAGCCACGCUCGGUCAAGACCAACGGGACGCCCACAGUUUUCACCAAGGCGUCAUCGUCACUAAACUUGACGAAAAACUUGGAACAAAUCUCCUGUGGUGAUGCGGACAGAGACACCGGGGAAGCGCACGUUGUCAAGUCGAGUUUGCAUCUCUUGCCUCUGGAAUUGCGCGGCAUGUCCCUCCACAGCGACACCAAAGACGCAAACAAAACAGCCAGUCUUCCUCAAGAGCCCGAGGAAAAAGACAAAACAUGCGCCGAAGCUGUGUGUACCAGUGUCUGUCCACCAGAAGAAAAUAUUACAUAUUCUGCGAAUGCUCAUACCAAGUACGACAAUGCCGAAACUGCGUAUCCACAAGACAAACUUGCGUCCUAUUCAAUCCACGCUGAUACAACAUGUAGCGAAAUGACAUGCGAAAAUAAAAAACGUUCAUUUCCCGUAAGAAUCGAGGAAUGUGGAAACGUUUCGAGUAAAACGCCACAGCUUGCUGAUAGUCCACAAAGCAGUGGCAAAGCUUUGAGUAGUCCUAAAAGUCCCGAUUAUCCUCCCAGGGUCACAAACGACCUUGCUGGUACUUUCAUCCCAUCAAAUUCUUCAUCAGUACCACCUGACAAAAUUGAAAUGGACACUGCAAAGCUCUCGGUUGCAGAGAUAAACCAUGAAAUGGAGAAUUUCUCCUCUCCUCCCGUUGAGAAAACUCCUUGUCCUCCAAUGAAAACAGACGACUUGCCGAAAGACGUGAAAAUGGAUGUUGAUUCCAUCGAGGGUGUUGAAAUCAAAAUCGAGAAUAGAGAAAGCAUCAUGACAGAAUGUUUGAAAGAAUCUCUUGAGAAAAUUCAAGUGAAGGUCGAACCAAGCGAGUGUAAAUUGCCUGAUGUGGAUGCUGCCCUGGUUAAAACUGAACCGAAAGAAAAGCCAGAUGCCGAUCAAAAUGUGCCGAGCAAAUCUCACUCUUCAUCCUCCUCGAAGGACAAAAAGAGGGAACACGGCAGACAUCAUUGCACUCGUUGCUACAAGCGUAGUAAAAUCAAACGAGCAAAUGUUGGAAUACAGUGCAAGCGAGACAGAAAUUCUCUCUCACUGAAUAGCAAGCUCCUUCCACCAACUCCUCCAAAGACGAGUGGCGACAAUAUGAGGCUAAAUUUACAAACAAAAAUGUGCAAAACUCUGGAGAAACAGGCGCUAAAGCACGAAUCACUCCAGGGUUUAAAGUACAAGGAUUUCAUUCAUAUAGAGACUUAUCCAAACGGUGGCGCCACUGUUGUGCACAUGUAUCAGGAUGAAAUUGACGUGUUGACGAAUGAACAAGUUGAGGAAUUGGCACAGGAAUAUUUUCAGAUUGUAUUUGGAGAAGAUGCGAAUGGGAAUGCGUAUCAUGUUAUGGGAAUUGUUCAUAAUGCGGCUGCCUACUUGCCGGAUCUUCUCGAUCACAUGGCUAUGAAUUACCCAAAUUUGACGGUGAAGAAUGGCGUAUUGGGGCGAAACAGCGACAUUGAGACGACGACGAUGCUACAGUAUAAGGAACAAGUUUGCAAGACUUUCAGUAAUGGCACUGUUCGGUACGGUCCUCUGCAUCAAAUCAGUCUUGUUGGAACUGUUCAUGAGGAAGUUGGAGGAUAUUUUCCUGAUCUUAUGCAAAGACUGGAGGAAAAUGUCUUUUUGAGAUUGACAAUGCCGUGGGGCCCGUUGUCGGCCGUAAAAAUGGAGAGUCCCCAGGAGUCAAAUGACGGUCCCAUACUCUGGGUCAGACCUGGUGAACAACUAGUGCCGACUGCCGACAUAAACAAAAGUCCCUGCAAGCGACGCCGAACCGGUAUAAACGAACUCCGUAAUCUCCAAUAUCUGCCUAGAAUAAGCGAGGCCCGUGAAUACAUGUUUGAGGAUCGAACUCGUGCUCACGCCGAUCAUGUCGGUCAUGGUCUCGACCGAAUGACAACAGCCGCAGUUGGCGUCCUGAAAGCCGUCCAUGGCGGUCGUUCAUGCGAGUACAAUCGAAUCACAAAAGACGUCGUGGCCUUUUACGCCGGUGACUUUCCCGAACUCGUUGAAAAAUUGCAGCUCGAUCUGCACGAGCCGCCAAUCUCGCAGUGCGUCCAGUGGAUCGAGGACGCAAAACUCAAUCAAUUGCGAAGGCAGGGCAUCCGCUAUGCCCGAAUUAAUUUAUACGACAACGACAUUUAUUUCUUGCCGCGCAACAUCAUACACCAGUUCCGUACUGUCUCGGCCGUCUCGAGUGUCGCCUGGCAUGUCAGAUUAAAACAGUAUUACCCGGAGACGGCCUACAAUGCGACCAUCAAACACACGCGACCUUUGGGCGAAUCGUCGCACUUGCUUUAUAAGGAAAAGAAGCAUCACGAGGUCGAGGUGGCCGACGAGCAGAAGGAAAAUGCUGAUCGGCAGAGAUUGGAUCGCCGAGUCAGUGGCGACACGCUCGAGGAGAAGAAGGCAAAGGAGCGUGCUGCGGAGUAUCAGGGAAACUUGAAGAAGUCGGAUCAUCAGCAUGGUAAGCGCAAGGAUCGAGUUCGAGCGAGGCGCACUUCCUCCUCGCGCCCAUCCAAGGAAAUUAGCAAUAAUGGCGAAGUCGCGCAUUCGACCCUGGAAUCGGAGAAACAGACGAUUGAAAGGACCAAGAGUUUGGAGAAGAGCGCGACGACGCGGCGAGAAAAGAAGCCGGAAGAUCGACAUCGGAAAAGUAGCAGCAGCAGCAAAUCGUCGAGUCAUCAUCGAUCUGAUGAGAGGAAGAAGCACGACGAGUCGAGAAAGUCGGAACAUCGUCAGAAAUCCUCGAGUCAAACUCCGAAGAAAGUAGUCGAGCACUCGGCUAGUAAUUUUGACUCUAGCAUUUCGAAAAGCGAAUACAAAAUUGAGUCGACUACCACCGCAAAGCCCGAGACUGUGUUAAGGGUCACUACUCUCGAAUUGCCGGCGCCAAUUCCCCAGAUUGUCGAAAUUUCCAUCGAUCGUGAGAUGAUUUCGGCGAGGCAAGCUGCCGGUAAAACGUAUGCGACCGCGGUUGUGGAUAAAGCUCUCGAAGUUGCGAUUUACAAGUCGAAAACUGAUGUGGAUGAGGUUUGUCAGUCGCUGAGAAGUGGAGUGGCUGCAGCCUCCAAGGAAAUGUUGGAGAGGAUUAGAAAGGAGAGUUUUGAAAUUGCCGAGAGGAUGUGCGGAGAUGAUAAAGUCAAAAUUGAGAAAUCGUAUCGAUUGUUGGAAGCCGAGACUGUCGCGGCUUUCACCUCGAAGAUGGAGUGUGCCACUGAAAAUGCGGUGAAAGCUCUGAUUGAGAUGGCAGAGGAGGAGAUGAAGGAGGCGUUUAAAAAUGAAAAAUCUUGUGAGGAAUCUCCCUCGCCCUCAACCGAUGUUUCCGAAAAGAGUAAGAAUUUUACGAACGUCACUACACCACCGAUUUCUUCACCUCUCGGCACUUCCUCGGCGUCGAUUUCUUCCUCGAACGAGAGUGAAAGGCGCAACAGUGCCGAGGAUAAAACUGAAUCUCCGGGCAGGCAAGUGAAUUGUGAGGGUGGUGAGAGGAAGCACGUGAAAAAGGAAAAAGAGGAGAGGGAUCGAAAGCAAAUGGUGAAAAGGGAUCGUGAGAGGAGUGAGAGAAAGCGAGAUAAGGAUCGUGAGAGGAGUAAACAUCACAAGAGACACGAAAAAUCGAAAUCAUCAGAGUCCAAGGAUAAGAGUGAGAGGUCAAAACAUGAGGAUCGAAAGGAGGAGAAGAGAGUGGAGAAGCAUAGAGAAUCGGGACAUCAAUCGAAGGAGAAAAGCUCAAAGAAACAGAAGAGUGAGCAUCCGGAUAAUUCGAAAUCCUCUCACAAUAGUUUGGCUCAUAAGAGGAAAACGACGAGUUCGAGUUCGAGUCCAGAUCAGCCGGAAGUGAAGAGGCUUUGCAUGGAGGAGAAAAUUUCUGGGGCGCAAACUUCUGAGGAAAGUAAUCAGCUGACGAGUACGUGAAUCGACGCGAUGACUUGGAGGAGGUUAGCCGAAUUUUUAAGGAUGGGUCGAUUGAAAGUACGUUUCGAGAUUAUGAAGGAAAUAGGGGAUCGGUGCAGCUAAUGUUUAAGGAAAA